AUGAGCGAUUCAAAGGUUUACUACCCUCCGGAGGGGCUUGCAAAUGAAUCUUACAUGAGCUCAAUGGAUACCUAUCAUGAGUGGUAUAAGAAAUCUAUUAACAAGCCUGCCGAAUUCUGGACAAAUAUUUCAUCUCAAUUUCAUUGGGAAACUAAACCAAAAGUUGAGAACGCACUUUCCUACAAUUUUGACUUGAAAAAGGGUCACAUUUUCAUUCGUUGGUUUGCAGACGGGAAAACAAAUUUAUGCUACAAUUGUCUGGAUAGACAUGUAAAAAAUGGUCUGGGCUCUAAAAUUGCAUUUCUGUGGGAAGGCAACGAUCCCAACGACAGAAAGUCAAUAACAUAUCAAGAAUUACUAACUGAGGUGAUUUCUUUUGGGGCUGCUCUUCAUAGAAUGGGUGUUGGCAAAGGUGAUCGAGUGGCAAUCUACAUGCCGAUGGUAAUUGAGCAGGUCGUUGCUGUUCUCGCUUGCGCUCGCAUCGGCGCUAUCCACACGGUUGUGUUCGGCGGUUUUUCCGCUGAGUCUUUAUCUGAGCGCCUAAUGGCUGCAGGGUGUCGUGUGAUCGUUACGUGUGAUGGAGCUUGGCGCGGCACAAAACUCAUCGAUUUGAUGAAGGUAGCAAAUGAGGCAAUGGACAUUUGUGAGUCGAAGUUGCAGCCCAUACAACAUUGCAUUGUCCUGCGCCAUUUAACUCCCCCGAAAAACAAUGCCACGUCUAAUUUGCCAGUUAGCGGCUGUCCCUCCUCCACCACAGUUGGUGUUCGUCCUGUACCCGAUUUCUCCGUCCGAAUGCGCGCUGGGCGUGAUGUUUGGUGGGAUGAAUUUGUUCCUCCGACCGAAGCCGAAUGCCCCGUGGAAUGGAUGGAUGCGGAAGACGGCCUCUUUAUCCUCUACACCAGUGGCAGCACUGGUCGACCCAAGGGUCUCUUGCAUACCACCGGCGGUUACAUGGUUUACGCCGCAACCACCGCCAAGUACGUGUUCGACCUCCAUCCCGAUGACAUAUACUGGUGCACUGCCGAUAUCGGCUGGAUUACCGGCCACACCUACUUCGUCUACGGUCCUCUCCUGAACGGCGUGACCAGCGUCAUGUUUGAAGGCCUUCCAAGCUGGCCAGACUUCGGGCGCUACUGGUCCAUUGUGGAACGGUACCAGGUGACCAAGUUCUACACCGCGCCCACCGUCAUUCGCAUGCUGAUUGGUGCGGGAGAGCAGCACGUAAAGAAGUACGACCGGUCCAGUUUGAAGGUGAGUGCUUUGACACUCCUGGCUGUGGCGGUGGUGGUGGUGGUGUUUCUCAACUACCUGCCCCCCUUGCAGAUUCUGGGUACAGUCGGAGAGCCGAUCAACCCCUCCGCGUGGACGUGGUACUACGAGGUGGUGGGUGACAGUCGGUGUGCCGUCGUGGACACCUACUGGCAGACGGAGACUGGCGGUCACAUGAUCACCACCCUGCCAGGCGCAACACCCAUGAAACCCGGAUGUGCUGGACGUCCGUUCUUCGGCGUGGACGCGCGCAUCGUCAACAGCAGUCCGGACUGCGCCAACGACGAGGCGGGCGCUGUUUGGAUGGACGAUGGACGCCACCUGAAGAAGGGCUGCCUCGUCUUCGCCGCGCCUUGGCCCGGAAUCGCGCGCACCGUCUACGGCGACCACGCGCGCUUCGAAGACGUCUACUUCAAACGCUUCCCCGGGUUCUUCAUGAGUGGCGAUGGCGCUGUGGUCGAUGAAGACGGCGACAUCUGGAUUACAGGUAGACGGCUAAUCGCCAGCCACCUCUGCACCCACAUUCUGCGUUGUGCGCGCUCGCCCUGUUGCCUGGACACCCUCUACAUUCUCAUUGGGUCGUUUGUGACUGACGGCAUUCGUGGCUUAAAAUCCGACUCUUUCCACGUUGCAGGUCGCAUGGACGACAUGCUCAACAUGAGCGGUCACCUUUUGAGCACAGCGGAGGUCGAGUCCGUGCUGGUGUCGCACCCACUCGUCUCUGAGGCGGCGGCGGUCGCUAGGCACCACAAGGUCAAGGGCGAGUGUCUACACUGCUUUGUGACGCUGAACGACGGCGUCGCACAAACCAUCACUCCGGAGCUGCGUCAGGAGCUGGUCAACCUUGUGCGCACGAAAAUCGCGCCAUUCGCUGCCCCCGACUACAUUCAGGCUGCGCCUGCGUUGCCAAAGACUCGCAGCGGCAAGAUCAUUCGUCGCAUCCUCCGCAAGAUCGCCAACGGGGAUCGGGAGUUCGGCGACAUCUCCACCCUCGCCGACCCCAGCUGCCUCGACUUUCUCUGCGCGGAGGUCGAGAAGGCCCGCUAG